CGAAACCUCAUGUCACACAAUACUAGAAUCUCAGCAUAAGCAAUGGCAUCUCGGCCUGACUUGAAGGUUGACGAUGAGACUGGCUUCAUCCGCACCUUUCGCUCCUUACCCGCCAGUCCUGAGGGUUCCAGCACCAUCAGAGUAUUUGACCGAGGUGACUAUUACUCAGCACAUGGCGAUGAUGCCGAUUUCAUUGCACGCACUGUAUACAAAACCACCGCCGUAAUCAGAAAUCUUGGACGAUCAGACAACUCCCUUCCCAGUGUUACAUUAUCAACCACCGUCUUUCGUAACCUCCUUCGUGAAGCACUUUUCAAACUUGGAAAGAGAGUCGAGAUAUGGGACAACCAAGGAAAGGGGAACUGGAAGCUUGCACGGCAAGCUAGUCCGGGCAAUCUUCAAGCAGUCGAAGAAGAGCUAGGUACAGGUCUUGACAGCCAGGGCGACAGUGCUCCCAUCAUUCUCGCCGUCAAAGUGAGGGCAAAGGCAGGGGAAGCGCGCAGUGUAGGUGUCUGCUUCGCAGAUGCUAGCGUUCGAGAGCUUGGAGUCAGCGAGUUUCUCGACAACGAUCUCUACUCAAACUUCGAAAGUCUCUUGAUUCAGCUUGGGGUGCGCGAGUGCGUUUUGGCAAGCGACAAUCAAAAAUCCAAGGACCCAGAGCUCGCAAAGCUGCGACAAAUCGCAGAUGCAUGUGGCAUAGCCAUCACCGAGAGGUCUUUGGCCGAUUUCGCUGCCAAAGACAUUGAACAGGACCUCGCCAGACUUCUCAAAGGUGAAAAUGCCAUGGGCCUUCUUCCCCACGCAGAAUUCAAACUGGCAAUGGGCAGUGCUGCAGCAUUGAUCAAAUACCUAGGUGUUUUGACUGAUCCAAGCAAUUUUGGUCAGUAUAAUCUGUAUCAGCACGACCUCAGCCAGUACAUGAAACUAGAUGCCGCCGCCCUCAGGGCACUCAACCUCAUGCCGGGACCAAGAGAUGGCUCCAAGAACAUGAGCCUUUUUGGACUUCUCAACCACUGCAAAACACCGAUAGGUGGCCGUCUCCUCUCACAGUGGCUCAAGCAACCUUUGAUGAGUCUGGAGGAGAUUGAAAAGCGACAGCAGCUGGUCGAGGCAUUCGUCACAGACACCGAGCUUAGACAAACCAUGCAGGAAGAGCAUCUGCGGUCUAUACCCGACCUCUAUCGGCUUGCAAAGAAAUUUCAACGCAAACUCGCCAACCUCGAAGAUGUUGUUCGCACAUAUCAAGUUGUCAUUCGCUUGCCGGGAUUCAUUGAAGCACUCGAGACCGUGGUUGAUGAACAAUAUCAGAUUCCCCUAGAAUCGUCAUAUACAUCCAAGUUCAAGGAACUAUCGAACUUCCUAGGCAAGCUGGCCGAGAUGGUGGAAACGACAGUUGAUCUGGAUGCACUCGACCGGCACGAAUUCAUUAUCAAACCAGAAUUCGAUGAUGGACUCCGGGUCAUCAGGGCCAAGCUUGAUGAUGUUAGGCACCAAAUGGAUGUUGAACAUCGGCGAGCCGGCAAAGACUUGAACCAGGAUCUGGAGAAGAAGCUCUUUCUGGAAAAUCAUCGAGUGCACGGCUACUGCUUUCGACUGACACGAACAGAAGCUAGCUGUAUCCGAAACAAGCCCAAAUACAAAGAAAUUUCGACUCAGAAGAAUGGAGUUUACUUUACCACUGACACACUGCAAAGCCUGAGGCGAGAGCAUGACCAGCUUUCCUCGACGUACAACAGGACUCAGACAAAUCUAGUCUCCGAGGUUGUCACAGUUGCAGCUUCGUACGUCCCAGUUAUUGAGCAGCUCGCUGGAAUUAUUGCACACCUUGAUGUCGUGGUGAGCCUGGCACAUGUCUCUGUUCACGCGCCGACUGCGUAUGUACGACCCAAGAUGCACGCCCGUGGCCAGGGAGACACUGUGUUGAAAGAGGCGAGACAUCCGUGCAUGGAGGCGCAGGACGACAUCAGUUUCAUCACGAAUGAUGUAGAACUCAGGCGCGAGAAGUCGCGAUUCCUCAUCAUUACCGGUCCCAACAUGGGUGGCAAGUCAACCUAUAUCCGGACGAUCGGGUGCAUCGCACUGAUGGCCCAAAUUGGAUGUUUCGUUCCUUGCUCUGAAGCCGAGCUAACCAUCUUUGACUGUAUCCUAGCUCGGGUAGGUGCAUCUGACUCUCAACUUAAAGGGGUCUCGACGUUCAUGGCUGAGAUGCUUGAAACGGCGAACAUACUUAAGAGUGCCACUAGAGAUUCAUUGAUCAUCAUUGAUGAAUUAGGACGAGGAACCAGUACCUACGAUGGGUUUGGUCUCGCAUGGGCCAUAAGCGAAGAGAUCGUGAACAAGAUUGGAGCGUUUGGUUGUUUUGCCACUCACUUCCAUGAACUGACAGCACUUGCUGAGAAGUUUCCGAACUCUGUCAAAAACCUGCACGUCGUUGCGUUUGUUGGAGAUCAGCAAACAAGGGGGGAUGCUGAGGCUGACCCCAAGUCAAAACGCAGAGAAGUCACUUUACUGUAUCGCGUCGAACCUGGUGUCAGUGACCAGAGCUUUGGCAUCCACGUGGCAGAACUUGUACGAUUUCCGGAGAAGGUGGUCAAUAUGGCAAGGCAGAAGGCAGAAGAGCUGGAAGAUUUCACCAGUGUUACGGAGGAUCAUGCAAGAAAGAAUCUCACCAAAGAAGAAGCAGAGGAGGGCAGCCGACUCUUGAAGGAAGCUCUCAAGAGAUGGAAACAGCAAAUUGAAGGGCAGAAUAUGACCAAGGAUGAAAAGCUCACACUCAUGCGGACGCUGGUCAAGCAGGACGAGAAGCUAAUGGCCAAUCGGUUCUUCCAAUCUGUGCAAAGUCUGUGAGAUACGACAACAAGAAGAUGGAAAUUGUAUGAUUAGCACCGGCGUUGGGAAAUAGGACGCCAAGCA